AUGGAGGCGUUACUGCGGCGCGAGCUGGGCUAUGGUUCCGUCAAGGCCACGGGUCACUCGGGGGGCGGGUGCAUAAGCCAGGGCCAGAGUUACGACACCGACAGAGGACGUGUAUUUGUGAAAGUGAACUCCAAGGCGGAGGCCCGAAGAAUGUUUGAAGGUGAGAUGGCGAGUCUCACUGCCAUCCUGCGCACAGGCACAGUGAGGGUGCCCAAGCCCCUUGCAGUCCUCGAUGGGCCCGGCGGUGGGAGUGUGCUCGUGAUGGAGCACCUGGACAUGCGGUACCUGAGCAGUCACGCCGCAACGCUUGGAGCCCAGCUGGCCGAUCUGCACCUGGAUAACCAGAGGCUUGGAGAGGCGCUCCGGAAGGAGGAUAGCACCGUCGGGAGAGGUGGUGGCCAGGUGGAACGUGCAUUUGUGGACCAAUUUGGGUUUGAUGUGGUGACCUGCUGUGGCUACCUCCCCCAGGUGAAUGACUGGCAGAAGGACUGGGUCGUGUUCUUUGCCCAGCAGCGCAUUCAGCCCCAGAUGGACAUGGUGGAGAGGGAGUCUGGGGACCGUGAAGCUCGCGAGCUCUGGGCCGCCCUGCAGCUAAAGAUCCCAGACCUGUUUCGGGACCUGAAGAUUGUUCCUGCCUUGCUCCAUGGUGACCUCUGGGGAGGAAACGUGGCUGAGGACGCUUCUGGGCCUGUCAUUUUUGACCCUGUGUCUUUCUAUGGGCACUCGGAGUAUGAGCUGGCGAUUGCCGGCAUGUUUGGGGGCUUCAGCGGCGCCUUUUAUUCUGCCUACCACAGCAGGAUCCCCAAGGCCCCUGGGUUUGAGCAGCGGCUGCAGCUCUACCAACUCUUCCACUACCUGAACCACUGGAACCACUUUGGGUUGGGGUACCGGGGUUCCUCCCUGAACAUCAUGCGGAACCUUGUCCGGUGA